GAAGUUGGCUCUAUCAGUCCAUAUUUUCAUAGUCAAAGUUAACAGUACUAUAUUGUGUUAUUACUAGGUUAUUUUGUCAUUAUUUAUCAAGUUCCAACUCGCUACAAGAUGUGAAAUCUUAAAGUAAUAGCAACUGUUCACUACUGUAUAAAGAAACAAAUUAUAUCAUUCAGUAAAUAGGUGAUACUAUAUAUAACACUCACAUAGCGUGAGGAAUUAUCAGAGUACAGAAAAUGCCGGCGAUAGUAGUUAUGCCAUCUCAACGUAGAAGUGAGCAUAUGCAAAAAGCGUUAAAGACUCAUAUUAUGAGAGAACGGCAACGAAAGAAACAAGAACAAGAAGCCGAUGCCGAGGAAGAGCGCCAACGUAAGGAGAGAGAGCGCCAACAGAAGCAAGAUGUGAUGACUUUAGGUGAAACACGAGAACAAAUCUCUAACUUGGAAAAUGAACUCUCUCAAUUGAAGGAAGAAAAGCAUCAGUUGUUUUUACAGUUGAAGAAGGUUCUAAAUGAGGAUGAUAGAAGACGACAACUUAUAAAAGAGACGAGCGUUUGCUCAGAAGUUUUAACAACAGUAGGAGGAUAUCCUGCAACUCCAAGAGUAGUGCAUCCUCAAUUAUUUUUACCGUUGCCACGAAGCAGCAGUCCUCUGUAUAAGGUCGCAGUUGGUGCACCAACACAUCUGUUACAGAGUGCAACUAUAAAAAGAACCCAUAGCCCAUCGCCACCACCCACUCCAUAUCACACUGCAUAUGGUUAUGCUAAACCACCACCACCCAUUCCAAAUUACAAUUCUGCACCACCUAAAUCUGAAGAAGCUGCUAGAAGAUCUAGUGAUUCUAGGGCCGUUCUCUGGAACAAAAAUAAUCAGUACUCCGCAUCGAAUUUUUAUUCGACACCCACAGCCCAGAAUGUUUACAGUUAUUCUACGCCUGUAUCACAACCGUCCCGAGAAUCAGAACCACCUAAAGCUGUUUAUCUUUCGGGAGGUAGAACUCCACUAGCCACACAUCAGACUGCAUAUGUAACUAAUUUACAUUCAAUGGAACAUAAAGGUGCUUACGGUGAGGAUAAAUUUUAUCUGCGACCGACAAAUCACGUCACUGUUCACGGUGGAGCUAUUCCCAUUCAACAACCACCUCAGGGUGCGAAAACGGGAGGAAUUACUUCGGGUUAUCCUGUACGAACACCUCAACCACCUGGUCCUUAUCCACCACCGCCACCGCCACCAUCACCUGGUACUUACGUCAGUAGUUCAGGUGGCAAUGUACCUGGUAGGCUAUUGUAUACGCAACCUGGAGCUCGUUAUCUUCAACGAGAAAUAUAAGUGAAUAAUAUAUUAUUCAUUUAUUUGGUGAAAAGGUUUUUUGACUUACAAGGGGACAUCCUUUGAUCUCUGGAACUUGGUCGAAUUUUUAAUGUUAUCAUCUACUUGCCAAUGUACAACAGUUUGAAAGAUAUAAUUGUUUAAAGUUUUAUAUGUGUCACGUCAUUAUUUUUUAAACUAUUGUGCACUGGCAGAGUACUGUACAGUGGAGGUUAGUGGAAGGUGCACAAUAACAUGUUAAAAAUUCGGCCAAAUCCCAGAAGUCGUAGAUUGGAUGUCCUCUUGUUAAUAAUUAUUGUCUGUUUGUUAAACGCAUUCUUACUCAUGCAAGAAAUUAAAGAAAUACUACAAAAUAAAAUAUUUCUUAUUUGUUAU